CGCGGGUGCACCCGCCCGUCACUGAAAGAGUCCUGAGUUGCCAUGACAUUUUCUUAAAAACAAAGCUUGAUUUCACACGUUUUGUUGAUCUCUACAGGAGCAGAAACCUUCGUUUUCACAAUCCCACUACUCGCGUUCAGUCUACCCUGGAUGUUUUUAGACAUUACGGCUACUAAUCGACAUCAUUAUGACGGAAAAGUAAUGGGAUUUUUUUUUUUAUAUACUUCCGGAACCAUGCAACCAACCACCCGGAACCAAAUCGCUGUAACAGACCGGAAGUCUAAUGUAACGGACGCGAUGAAGAAACGGAAGUUCCCCGAAGAAAACAGGUCGAGUGAGAGAUGUUGUCGGUGCGCGUGAAACGGGGGUUCAUCUAGGCGACGGUUGACCCCGCGCGUUGUUAUAGGCAACCGCCCGGCGUGGCUAACGGGAGUAACACGCGCACGUGACGGGGGGGAUUGUUGUGUCUCGAGACCCAACAAAGCUGCUUCUGGAUGGGGCGCGAGCCUCGAGUGGUUUCACGAUGUUUCCCGCUACGAAGAACAUGGAUUCCGUUCACAGCGGGACGGGUGUCUUCUACCAGGCGAUACCGGCGGUCGGAGCCGACGGAAAGAACAUCAUGAAGCUGAUUCCCGUACAAAUGGUCAACGGGCAGUUUUUCCAUUCUCAACUAAGUAAGACGGGUCAGACGCGACAGAAAGCCGUGGACUUGAACGUCGCCUCAGCACCCGUUCAGACGGCGCCGAAGGCAGCGCCGAGUCCCCCUGCCGCUCAGCACGUGGUCAGGAAGCAGGUUUCGAUCAUCAACGUCUUCCCUAAUCAAGUGGGUCUGGAUCUCGGUAGUUCGUUAAACAAGCAUCCACCGCAGCAACAGAAUGGGAAGUUAAUAGCCGUCGUACCUCAGAUGGAAACGCCUGCAGCAAACAGGGAGAAGAUAGGAAGACUUCCAGGUCCAAUCCCGGUCACAGUGAAAGCUCCAGCCGUCCCCAGAGGACGGCACCUUCAGAUUCUACCUAAUGCACAAGUCCCGGUAGUCCCAGCAGUCCCAACAGUCCCUGCAGUCCCAACAGUCCCUGCAGUCCCUGCAGUCCCAGCAUCUGAACUACCUCCUCGUGUCCAGAGACCUAUUUUUCCUUCGCCGGCCGACUCCUCUCGGAGUUCAGGCUCAGCCGGCGUGGUCUACACGUCACCGCCCGUCACCACCGCCGGUCCACAGAGUGUCUCUGCACUCGACACGCUCAAGUUCCUCUGCAACAUGUCCAAUGCUGCUCCAUGUGGAUUGCUAUCAAAAGGUCAAAAGCCGCAUUUGAAAUUAAUUCCAAAGGUUUCACACAGGCCCAACAGCCCCAUUAAGUGGGUCAUCGAAGAAGAGGACGGCUUCAGGGCUCCGGGGCUUGAUCCGGUUAUUUCUUCCGUCAGUCCAGAUGUUGUUCCUGUUGUUGGGAAAAUGGGAAAAAGCGACUCGCCCACAGCAGCGGGAAAAAGUAGUGAAUUCAACAAAACCACCGUGCCUUCGUCCCAACAAUCACGCGAGUCGGUUUCACCUCAGAAAAGGCCGGGUGUCCGAAUAAUCAUCCCGAAACGGUCGCACGAAGUGAUCGAUCUCUGUGACGACGACGCUCACAGCGAGUCGUCUCAGCCGGCGGCAUCCGUUCACACGUCAGCGGCCACUCAUCCGGACGAAGACAAUGUGAUAUUUGUGUCGUACAUCCCCCCCAAGACCGAGUCUGAGUCCACACAAGAUUUGAGACAAAAAACACAAAAGGCACCUGUGAAGGAAGCGGACAAGACGAGUACGAGCGGCUCGAACAGCGGGACAGAACGGAAGAGCCCGGAUGGUGCAACUGGCACGCUUACAAGAAGAAAACCUGUCCACGGCAUGUCCGUCAACACCGUUAAAAACGCUCCGCGCGUUGGUGGUUCGGCAGCAAUGAACGCGCAGAAUAACGAGGGUCCCAACAUGAGCAGUCGGCGGAGCGCCGCCACCCAACAGUCGAAGGGCGUGGAAGUUAAUGUAGAAAGAAAAAGUCCAGCAGAUUGCGUAAUAGUUGCCCCAGCAGCUGUUCAGAUGGCGAAAAAGGCAGCGUCGAGUCCUUCUGCCGCUCAGCAGGUUGUCGGGAAGCAGAUUUCCCUCGUGAAUGUCACCCCUAAUCAAGUCUGUUUGGAUCUUCCACUACAGCAGCAGAAAGUAAACAUAAUCGCUGUCAUACCUCAGAUGGCAAACAGGGAGAAGAUGGGAAGACUUCCAGGUCCACUCCCAGUCCCAGUGAAAGCUCCAGCCGUCCCCAGAGGACGGCACCUUCAGAUUCUACCUAAUGUACAAGUCCCAGCACUCCCUGCAGUCCCAAUAGUCCCAGCAGUCCCAAUAAUCCCUGCAGUCCCAGCAGUCCCAAUAGUCCCGGCAGUCCCUGCAGUCCGAACAGUCCCAAUAGUCCCAGCUGUCCCGGCAGUCCCAGCAUCUGAACUACCUCCUCGUGUCCAGAGACCUAUUUUUCCUUCGCCGGCCGACUCCUCUCGGAGUUCAGGCUCAGCCGGCGUGGUCUACACGUCACCGCCCGUCAGAACCGCCGGUCCACAGAGUGUCUCUGCACUCGACACGCUCAAGUUCCUCUGCAACAUGUCCAAUGCUACUCCAUGUGGAUCGCCAUCAAAAGGUCAAAAGCCGCAUUUGAAAUUAAUUCCAAAGGUUUCACACAGGCCCAACAGCCCCAUUAAGUGGGUAGUUGAAGACGAGGACAUCCUCACGGCUCCGGUUCUUGAUCCUGCAAAUUUUUCCAUCAGUUCGGAGAUUCUUCGGGUGGUUGCGGAGAGAGAAGGUGCCACCAAGCACUGGGACGCCCUUACGAAUCCGGUCUCGGGGGCAGACCGGAAGAGCCUGGAUGGAACAACGGACGCCGAUAGAAGAAGACAACCUGGCCGGAGCGUAGCAGUCAACACGGUGAAAAACUCAACGCGUGUUUGUGGUCCAGCAGCGAUGAACACGCAGAAUAAUGAGGGUCCGAGCUUUAGCAGUCAGCAGAGCACCGCCGGCCAACCAUCGGAGAGCAUGGAGGUCCAGGAGAGUCCAGCCAAUCCCAACAACUCUGACAGCAGCAAGGGAGCCAUGGACACCCCCAAAAUGAAGAGCUCUGUGAAUCCCGCCACCAGCUGGACGUCUUCGCCGGCACCAGAAUCCCGUCGAAUGGACGAUAAUCUGCUGAGACGGAUAUUUGGGAUAACGGCCGAUGUGAGAGUCCGCCUGCAGAGGAUCGACGGUGCCCCAGUUGGGUCUGGUCCUUCUUUAAAGGACCUUAAGGGUCCACGUGAAAGCUGCAGCUGUGCGAAAGUAAAAACCGAACGGGAACUGUUAGAGGGCUCCGCCCCUCCGAGUGCUCCCACACACAUCGAGCCCCUCAAAUGUUCACACAUCAAGCUGAACGCGAGACGUCUCCAUGUUGUGAAGAACGAACGCCAUCAAGGGGACACCUCACUCAAGGGAUCGUCGCGAGAUCUCGAAACCGAGCCGGCGUUUGGCUACGUGGAACCCAUAGACGAGGAUUUCCUCGCCACGGAGGAAAAGGACAAUCCGAACGCGCAGGACGCAGCCGGCCGGACUCAGACUCAAACGUGUGCGUAUCUGAACACGAGGAGAAUGGGACGGACGAGGAAGCGCACGAUGUGUCCCUGUUGCGUCCCCGGUGCCCAAGACCCAAUGUGGGAGGAGCCUGGCGAGUGGGCGUGGGCGACCGAGCAGACGAGCAAAAAAGGGAGGAGAAAAAAGGCUGUGAGAAAAGCUGUGAAAACAUCUGGAAGGACCAGCUGUCUAAGAGUGAAGGACAAGUGCAGCAGCAGGAGGACAGACGAGGGUCCAGCCAGGGACAGUUUGUCCUCUGACCCUAACGAACUGAGACGACUUGAUGAGAUCAGACGAAUGAAAGAGCUCCUGAAAGAGCAGGAAGCAGCUUUAGAGGAGAUGAGACACUGAAUGAGAGCUGAGACUCGGUGUUUUAGACUCUAAUGUUCUUACAAAGUUAAUGUUUUUUUUUAUUUUUAGCCUAAAACAUGUCACUUCUUUUUAUGUUAGUCAGAGUUAACGAGGACUAACGCGAGUUAAGUUUUGGCUGCAGCCGACUAGAGCCCGACAUAUAUAUCGGAUAAAUCGGCAUUUGUAAUUGCCCGAUUUUUUUUGUUUUUGUUUUUAAAUUCUGAUAAAUGAAUAUUUAAAAAAUACAAACGGACUCUCAACCAUUUUAGGAGUGUUGGCGUUGCAUAGUCUGUCCACCAGAGGACGCUCUACAACGUCCCUGGUAGUAAUGGCGUUGCAUAGUCUGUCCACCAGAGGACGCUCUACAAUGUCCCUGGUAGUGAUGGCGUUGCAUAGUCUGUCCACCAGAGGACGCUCUACAACGUCCCCGUUAGUGAUGCCGUUGCAUAGUCUGUCCACCAGAGGACGCUCUACAACGU